AUGGCCAUUGGUCUUUGUUAUGUGAAAAAAUACCAAAAGGAGUUACGCAGGCCAAUAAUGAAAGUUAUUUGGAAAUACUAUAUUAAACUAAAGUUUAUCCGAACAAGAAUCGAAAAACCUAAAUCGCCCAACAGUAUUGAAUUGAAAAAUAUUGUUAAACCUCUUUUUGAACGAUUAAAAGACUAUAAAACCCUAAAUGAUUCUAAUAACAGAAAACUCAACAAUAAAAGUGCUCACUUAGCUGAUGCUAUUCUUCAAUCUGAGCUAUUCAAUUUUGUAUCGAAUUCUUUGAAAAAAGGAGAUGGAUUAUAUAAAGAUAAAAUGAAUAGGACUCAAUUAGUGUAUUAUGAUGGUCCUAACGAAUUAGUUACAAGGCUAAAUUUUUUAACUUCUUCAAAGACUGUACAAAAGAAACUUUAUAAAGUAGAAUAUACUUGCACACAGUCAAAUAACAUGAAGACCUUGAGCAAUAUAGCCGACGAAUAUUUCUUAGACGAAAGUUAUAUCUCUUUUCAAGGAUGA